AUGGCGCCCUCAUUCAUGACCAUUGAUACUAAUGACUCUGAUGUCUUCAUGGCGCCCCCGCCAUCAAAGCCAGUCGACACCUCGCGUACUCUCCUUCUCGCACCCCCCUCCAUUGCUACACAAGAGGAUAAAUUACGAGCCGUUUUCUCCUCCUUCCCCCGCACUUCGACCGACCUGCAAAUGCUCGAUCGCCUCUCCGCUGGCAUAGUCACUCUUCCUUCGAACACAUACGAUCUUGUCCUCGUCCUCACUGACGUCGAUGGCUCACGACGCGCCGAGGCCCUCCAACUUCUCACUAGAGAUGUCUAUACUACCCUUGUACCAGCCAUGAAGGCUGGCGCAAAGCUGCAAACAGAAGAUAAAGCACUCGAUGUGACAGAGGCAAUGGAAGCUGUUUUAGCUGGAUUGGUACAUAACUCGACUGGAUUCGAGAAACCAAAUUACGAACAAUCGUCCGCCGUGCCGCUGAAGUUCGGUCUCAAGAAGAAGAAGACUACCACUACUGCUCCUGCCGUGGUUCCGCUGGGAAUACAAUCAAAUGGAACUGGAUUUUCAUUGAAUGGCUUGAACGGAACCAACCAUGAUCGGGAUGACGAUGACGAAUUGAUUAAUGAGGACUCUCUUCUUGAUGAGCAGGAUUUAACGAGACCUAUUAUGCCUCCUCCAGAGUGCCAGCCCAAGACUGGUCGCAGGCGGAAGGCCUGCAAGGAUUGUACUUGUGGAUUAGCGGAUCGACUCGAAGCGGAGGAUAAAGAGCGUCGCGCAAACGCUGAUAAGAACUUGAACGUGAUGAAGUUGAACACAGAUGAUCUCGCCGAGCUUGAUUUCACUGUCGAGGGCAAGCAGACUGGAUCGUGCGGUAGCUGUGCUCUUGGUGAUGCCUUCCGCUGCGACGGUUGCCCAUACUUGGGUCUUCCAGCUUUCAAGCCGGGUCAGGAGGUGCAGAUCCUGAAUGACGUUGCACAGCUGUGA